CAAACGUCAACAAAUGUGCCGCGCAAAUUCCGUUCCAGAUCGCGCUGUUGCAAACAAACUCAAGUCGUGUGUACAUUAUUCUCAUUUUUUGUCUUAAUUUUGUUAAACCUCGUGUUUCCUGGUUCAUUCUUACAACACAAAGAUGCAAGCAUUCCUGAAAACUGGUCGCACAACGGGCGAGAGCUCGGCAGCCGGCCCCGGCGGCGAUAGCGGCACAACAACAGCAACCAAGCGACCAAAGCACAGCGUACCAUGGGUUGAAAAAUACCGGCCGAAAAGCGUCGACGAUGUGGUGGAACAAGCGGAAGUGGUUGCCGUGUUACGCGAAAGCCUUUCCACCACCGAUCUGCCGAAUCUGCUGCUGUACGGACCACCCGGCACCGGUAAAACCAGCACAAUCCUGGCGGCGGCGAGACAGCUGUUCGGCGACAUGUUUAAGGAGCGCAUUCUCGAGCUGAAUGCGUCAGACGACCGUGGCAUUGCGGUCAUUCGCAACAAGGUGAAAACGUUCGCCCAGCUGACGGCGAGCGGUACGCGGACGGACGGUAAGCCCUGUCCACCGUUCAAAAUCGUCAUCCUGGAUGAGGCCGACGCGAUGACGCACGCAGCGCAGGCCGCCCUGCGCCGCACGAUGGAGAAGGAAACGAAAACGACACGGUUCUGUCUGGUGUGCAACUACGUGUCGCGCAUUAUCGAACCGAUCACAUCGCGCUGUACCAAGUUUCGCUUCAAACCGCUGGGGGAGGAGAAGAUCAUCGAGCGGCUGCGUUACAUCUGCGACCAGGAGGGCGUUACUGUGGACGAUGGCGUUUACAAGGACAUUGUGGACAUUUCCGGUGGCGAUUUGCGGCGAGCGAUUACCACGCUGCAAUCUUGCCACCGGCUGAAAGGUGCCCAGGCGCGCAUCGAAAGGCAGGACAUACUGGAGAUGUCCGGCGUGGUGCCGGAACGCUAUCUGGAGGAAUUUAUCUCGGUGUGCAAAAGCUCCAACUACAGCAAGCUGGAGGAGUACGUCCAAAACCUUUCGUAUGAUGCGUACAGCGUGGGCCAGCUAUUUGAACAGCUAACGGAGUACAUCGUGUACAAUGACGGUCUUACGGAAAAGCAAAAGGCAGUGAUCUGUGACAAGCUUGGUGAAUGUUGCUUCCGAUUACAUGGCGGAGGGUCGGAAUAUAUUCAAAUCAUGGAUUUAGGGUGCGUUACCAUUCAGGCCCUCAAAGAUCAGUGAACCACGGCCGCGUCAAUAAACAAUCAAUGCUCUUUUGUACCUCA